AUGAAGUAUUCAGAAAAGAGAGACCAAAGGAUCUACAAAGUUGCUUGGCUCGCCAUUGUUACUUUCGUUGUCAAUUUGCUAUUCCUAGUUAACCAUCAUAUUGUCAACCUGGACGCACUUUUUAAAGCAGCACCGGUGACUGUACAACACUUGGAUGACCUGUAUAUCCUUGAUGUCGCAGUCUCCGGCUGCAUUGCCUACAACAAAAGGAAUCCAGAUUGUGGCAAACCUAAAUCACAAGAUGGUAAGUUCGGCGACAUAUCGGAAUUCCAAGGCGGUUGGGUUUCGUUGGACAAGGACUUAUGUCUUGGGUUAUCGUGGUUCAGAAAAGAAAAACUAUGGGUCAAGAAAAUCAACCAUGACAAUUACCAAAAAUUAGCUGAAAAGACAAAAGCGGAUGCUGUUGUUGUGGAUAUUGCUGUAGAUGAAGAUGGUGAACUGACCAAACGCGGGUGGGAGUAUAGAUCAAAUGGGGUUUGGAUAAAAUAUGGUCCUCAUGAUCGAAAUGAAGCUGUCACUGAGAUUAAUGUACUCUUUGGCCAGGAUGCUGUUGACCCCAGACCCAAUUGGUCAUUUGUUGAUACCUCAAUUAAGAAUGUGUGCAACAUAGUUGGUUAUGCUGCUUAUUUGUCAUUCCGUCGUGGUCCCAAACUUGACUACAAAAAGGUGUUCAACAAGCCCUUGAAAAUGAAUGACAACAAUGAAUUCAAGAUUUUACAAGUGGCCGACUUGCACUUUUCGACUGGUGUGGGUGUCUGCUUCAACGCAGAACCUCCAUCGUCGACAAUUGGAUGCCGUGCCGAUCCCAGGACGUUGAAGUUCAUCAACAAGAUCCUUGAUAUCGAACAGCCUGAUUUAGUUGUGUUGUCAGGGGACCAAGUAUUUGGCUAUACUGCACCAGACACUGAAACUGCAGCGUUGAAAGCGUACAGUCCAUUUAUCGAGAGGAAAAUCCCAUUUGCAGCUGUAUUAGGGAACCAUGACGCUGAGGGAUCUUUGCCGGCCAAAGAGUUGAUGCAGUUGUUUGCUGAUCUUCCUUAUAGUGUUGGUGUUGUUGGUCCCGAAUCGAUUGACGGGUAUGGAAACUAUCUCACGACAGUACAAGGAAAUUCAAACACUUCAGUAGCUUUGGCAUUUUACUUUAUCGAUUCGCAUGAUUAUAGUCAGAACAAGGAGGAGUAUCCUGGAUAUGACUGGAUUAAGCAGAGUCAAUUGGAUUACAUGAAAGAGGAAGCAAGGUUUAUUAAAGAUGGGAUUGCUGAAUUUGAGAAGGAGAAGGUCAAGCAAGAUGGACAGAUCAAAACCAAGAAACACUUGUCAAUGGCCUUCUUUCACAUUCCAUUGCCCGAGUUUAAAAACACCACGGAAACGCUAGUUGGUACACGCAUGGAAGACAGUGGAUCACCGUUGUACAAUUCUGGUGCACGUGACGCAUUCCAAGAACUAGGCGUCAAGGCUAUUAGUAUUGGCCACGACCAUUGCAAUGACUAUUGUUUAUUGGAUAAACGGAAAUCAUCUCCGACAGAGGAGAAUCAAAUAUGGUUAUGCUAUGCUGGAGGUGUCGGGCUAGGUGGAUAUGGCUGUAGUGGAUACGAGAGAAGAACUAGAACUUAUGUGUUCAACACGGCAAAGGGUGAGAUCAAGUCUUGGAAGAGAGCUGAGAACGAACCAGAAGAAAAGAUUGAUGAGCAGGUGUUGGUAUCAGGAGGUGCUAUUGGGAAUUGGUUUUAG